AUGUCAGUCGAGUUGCAACCGCCCUCAGAGCCCGCACCGUCGACACGUACUCUCCAAUCUACCAACACUUCACACAGCUGCCCAUCAUGUGGCACAACAAUUGUCGCUGAUUUGGAGGGCGUGGAGGAAGCGAAGCAUAUUAUAAAAGAACUGCAAGCGCAGAUAGAUAUGCUGAGAGAAAAGGCAGCGGCUGCAGCAGACAAAUGCGCCGAUUACGAGGACCAGAUCCGUACGCUAAAAUCUACACCACAAGGCAUUAACAGGCCAACGCGCAACAAUACCUCGGACUCGGUCGCUUCCCCUUCUUCAAAUGGUCGUCCAUCGACAGCAGGCUCAGCACACGCCAGAACACAAUCUCGUUUCUCGUUCCUUACUGGCAGGUUGGCCUCGCCUGUCAACUCCACCAACCCGCCGCCCCUACCCGGCCCAGCGACCAAAUCAUCAGCGGACCAUGAUCUGCUUCAUGAACUCGAACGCGAGCGUGCACUUAGAGCGAAGGCAGAGGACAGGGUGCGCACCGUGGACUCAGAAAUCGAAGAACUCAGCGUGACUCUGUUCUCUCAGGCUAACGAGAUGGUGGCGGAGGAACGCAGAGCAAGGGCAAAACUUGAAGAGCGGAUAGAGUUGCUUGAGAGGAAAGACAAGGACAAGAUGGGGCGGCUGGACCGCCUUGAGAAAGCAGUGAGCAGGCUUGACCGUGUCAAGGCCUUGCUAAAGGAGGACACAGGGAGCCCUCUGAACCCGGCUCUUACCCUUCCGCCAGGAUGA